AUGGCCCCGAAAGACAUCCCCAAGUUCACCAAACACAACCUCCGGACCAUCCGCCAUGCGCCCCUAUCCGAGAUCUCAGGCGCCCUGGGCGACCUCGGCACCCUCCUUCCGCUGAUGAUCGCCCUUGCCCUCCAGGGUUCCGUCUCCCUGCCCAGCACGCUCGUCUUCUCGGGCCUCUUCAACAUCGCCACCGGUGCCGCCUUCGGUCUUCCGCUGCCGGUCCAGCCGAUGAAGGCCAUCGCCGCCGCAGCCCUGGCCUCACACGCCAGCCAACGCGACACCCUCGCAGCGGGCGCUUUGGUCGGCGCAGCCGUCCUGCUCCUCAGCGUGACAGGCCUCCUUCGCCGGCUUGCCGUGUGGACGCCGGUGCCCGUGGUUAAGGGCAUCCAGUUCGGCGCGGGCCUCUCGCUCGUCCUCUCCGCCGGCUCCGGCAUGCUCGCGCGCCUGGGCUGGGGCGCCCACAACCCUCUCGACAACCGCGUCUGGGCCCUCGCCGCGUUCCUGCUGCUCAUCCUCACGGCCCGCGCCCCGCGGUUCCCCUACGCGCUGGUCGUCUUCGUAGUUGGUCUGAUCCUCGCCGUCGUGGCUGUCGCGACUUCCGCGGGUGCCGGCCACGGACACCUGCCGGGCUGGGAGGUCUGGCACCCUUACACCAUCAUCCCCGGGUUCGGGAGUGCUGAAGCCUGGUCCAUGGCCAUCGCACAGCUGCCGCUUACCACCCUUAACUCGGUCAUCGCAGCCGCGGCACUAGCAUCCGACCUCAUGGGCCCCACCUUCCCGGGCAGCACGCCGACCGUGACGGAGCUGGGCCUCUCGGUGGCGGCCAUGAACCUCUUGGGCUGCUGGUUCGGCGCCAUGCCCGUGUGCCACGGCGCGGGCGGGCUGGCGGCGCAGCACCGGUUCGGCGCCCGCAGCGGCGCGAGCAUCAUCCUCCUCGGGGCGCUCAAGCUAUUCCUCGGCCUCUUCCUCGGCGCCACGCUGCUGGACCUGCUCGGCUCGUUCCCCAAGUCGAUCCUGGGCAUCAUGGUCGCCGCGGCGGGGCUCGAGCUGGCGCGCGUCGGGCAGAGCCUCAACCACGGGGCGCCCGACCUGUGGGAGGAUAGUAUCUCGGCCAACGCAGGGGACGGCGGUGGCCUCGGCGGCGUCGGCCGCGUGGUGAAGAGGCACCGGGAUAUCUCGGACGAGGAGAGGCAGGAGAGGUGGACCGUCAUGCUGGUCACGACCGCCGGCAUACUGGCCUUCAAGAACGACGCCGUGGGGUUCAUCGCCGGCGUGCUGACGUAUGCCGCCUACCAACUGUCUCACACCCUCGAGAGGCGGCGCGGGGCGGUCGGCGAGAGGCAGCCCUUGUUGAGGUGGCCUUGA